AUGGCCAUACCACUGAUAGAAGAAGCAACCACCGAAGAGACUGUCCCAGAGGAAAUCAAGGAAGUACUAGACAGCUAUACCGACAUAAUGCCAGAGAGUCUACCACAAACACUACCACCUCGUCGAGGCAUUGACCAUGAAAUCGAACUCCUCCCCGGGGUUAAGCCGCCAGCGAAAAACGCAUACCGGAUGGCUCCGCCCGAGCUAGCCGAAUUGAGGAAACAACUGGACGAGUUGCUGAAGGCGGGAUUCAUUCGCCCGGCAAAGGCACCUUAUGGAGCCCCCUUUUCUUUCGCUCUUCUCCUAACCUUUCAUGUUUUUCUUUCCCUUCUAUUUCUAUUUUGUAACCAUGCCUUGGCUGCUGAAUUAACAUUCAAUAUUAUUAGCCUCGGUGUCAAGCCCGAUGGAAAGACCGAUGCCUCGUCUGUGCUUCAAAUGACAUGGGCUAAGGCUUGUGACUCGUCUACACCGGCCACUAUUUACGUUCCCAAGGGUAUAUUCUACGUUCGAAGUGUGAGCUUUAAUGGGCCUUGUAAGAACAAUGUUAUUACUGUUCUCAUUGAUGGAACUCUUGUGGCUUCCUCGGACAUUCAAGUUUUAGCUAAGACUAAAUCUUGGAUUGAGUUUAGUCACAUAGAUGGGCUUUCCAUUACUGGCGGUAUUAUCGAUGGGCAAGGAACUGCCUUAUGGAAUUGUAAACACUCGGGGAAGAGUUGCCUCACUGGAGCCACGAGUCUUCGAAUAAAUGAUGCACAAAACGUGAACAUCAAUGGAUUAUCUUCAAUUAACAGCCAAAAGUUCAACAUUGUGGUGAGUGGGUGUCAAAACGAGCAUAUGACAAGAGUGAAUGUCUCGGCUGCAGGCGACAGUCCAAACACUGAUGGCAUCCAUGUGGAACAAUCAUCAGAUGUGACCAUCCUCAACUCGAGCAUUAGCAACGGCGACGACUGCAUCUCAAUCAGUCUAGGGACCUCCAACUUGUGGGUGGAAAGUAUUACAUGUGGACCUGGACAUGGAAUCAACAUUGGGAGCUUGGGGAUAAAGGCCGAGGAGGAUGGAGUGCAUAACGUUACAGUGACAUUAUCUACUUUCAUCGGGCUUAAGAAUGGAGUAAGGAUUAAGUCUUGGGGAAGACCAAGCCGUGGAUUUGCUACAAAAGUUUAUUUUCAACACAUCAUUAUGGAUAAUGUGAAAGAUCCAAUCAUAAUUGAUCAAAAUUACUGUCCACAUGAGGAAGACUGCCCUGGUCAGGCUUCUGGAGUUAAAGUUAGCGAAGUAACAUAUGAAGACAUCAAGGGAACUUCCGCCACUGAAAUAGCAAUCAAUUUUGAUUGUAGCCCAAUAAAUCAUUGCACUGGAUUAAGCUUGAAAGACAUACACCUAACUUACGAGAAUCACAUCGCUAAAGCUUCAUGUAAAAAUGCCGAAGGAACUACCUCUGGUGUGGUUGAACCUUCUGGUUGCUUAGCAGACGAAUCUAAUUUUUCGCUUAACGUGUUGGUGCUAAAAUUAAAGGAUAGUAAAAAUGCUCUAGAGGGCUUAUAAAUU